AGUGCAAUGCUCAUGGUUUAAUGGCUUCAUGAUACAUGUUGUGGUAAUAUAAUAAGUUCUCCCCAAUAACGUCUGGCUUUUUCCAUGACCGUUCAUACAUCAUGAUUCAAAUCACAGUGGGAAGCAGCUGACAUUGCUUAACCCCGGCGUGCUGACAUAUGCUGCGUCCCCGCAAAUGUGCCUGCGCUUCAUUGUGCCUCAUUGUGUCUGGCUGUGGACCGAGGUCCCUCUGGCUGACCCGCUCAGUCGGAGCACUCUCUGAUUGGCUCUUUGCCACUCUCAACAGCCCGUUUACAUCUGUUUCUGAUAGGCUGUCACUGCCUCCCAUGCCUUCCCUGCCCUGGGAGGCAAAUUAAAGUGGUUAAGUUGUAAAACCCGGAGCGUGAUUGAGGCUGGACCAGGAUUCACUGUCAGUGGGGGGUGGGGUGACAUUUUUAUAAGACGGACUUGUGUACUGCACCAGAUCAAGUCUUAUCUGUGAGGCUGUAACCGACUCCCUUUGAUGGAGGGAAGUGGAACACUCUGUUGUCUGACGGCAGUCUUGGUAACUCCGUUCCGCCGAAGACCUUAUCUCUGCACGUUUUCCACGCAGCCCAAACUUUUCUCCUGUUGUUCUCAACUACAUGGCACACACACACACACACACACUCUGUACAACUGUCUGUCUGUUACACACACCCACACACACUCACACAGAGUCCCAGGAGUUGAAGAUGGUGGUUUUGGAUGUAGAUAACUGUGUUAGAAGAUGACUCGUUUACUGCUUUGUGAAACAAGAGGAACUCUCCUUCUGGGCUGUCUAUAAAAUUCCUCCAGUGCACUCUGGCACUGGGAACAGGAGCAGCUUUCCUGUCAUUCAGGAUACACACUCGCAGUGUAUUCCGGACACCGUGCCUCUGGGAUCUCGCUGUGGGAAACAUUCGGGGGGGGGGAGUGUUCGAAGGUGGAGCAAAAGUCUGAGCUUGUAGGACGGGACACAAGUAUUGAACUGAAGUGGAUGGAUGUUUUGAUGGUUUAAACCCCACCAGUGGGGAAUGGUUUCAAAGCUUGAGUGGAUUCAAUCCUGACACAACCCAUUUGGACUUUAACUCUAGUGGAGGGGAGUGUUCGUCAGAGGACUCUCAAGUGAAGUUUGGAUAACCUUGCCGGGGGGUUUUAUCUGCACUGAUACCAGACUCGAGAGGACUUGUCAGCCAGUGCCGCUGCUGAGGCACCUUGUUGUCGUUGGGACGUCGCUGUGUGGGAACUUCAGCACCAUGGCCGGGGUCACCAGGAAGGGGUCUGGGAGACACUCGUACUACUACAGAUUCCUGGGCAAGUCCCGACUGCAGCGUCAGCGGAGCCGGUCCCGCAGCCGCACCAGGCCGCCUGCCAGCAGGGAGUCUCCUCCGGAGAGGACGGGACGGCGACGCAGCGUGCCGGGCGGCUCCUCCGACAAGUCCACGCCCACCAUGGAGGCUGCGUCCACCGCUGCCACACCUUUCAGAGUCACCGUGAGUACUGGGUUUCUGAGUCGACGGCUGAAGGGCUCCAUAAAACGCACCAAGAGUCAGCCCAAGCUCGACCGCAACUCCAGCUUCAGACACAUCCUCCCCGGCUUCAGGAGCGUCGACAAUGACAGAUCUCAUCUGAUGCCAAGGCUGAAGGAGUCUCGCUCCCAUGAGUCAUUGCUCAGCCCCAGUAGCGCUGUGGAAGCCCUGGACCUAAGUAUGGAGGACGAGGUUAUCAUCAAGCCCGUUCACAGCAGCAUCCUCGGGCAGGACUACUGCUUUGAGGUCACCACCUCCACGGGGAGCAAAUGCUUUUCCUGCCGCUCAUCAGCCGAGAGAGACAAGUGGAUGGAGAAUCUGAGGAGAGCGGUGCAGCCCAACAAGGACAACAGUCGUCGGGUUGAGAACCUGCUGAGGCUGUGGAUCAUCGAGGCAAAGGAUCUGCCGGCGAAAAAGAAAUACUUCAGUGAGCUUUGUCUGGAUGACUCACUCUACGCUCGCACCACCUGCAAGCUUAAGACGGACAAUGUGUUUUGGGGAGAGCACUUUGAGUUUAAUAACCUGCCCGCAAUCAAGAGCAUCACAGCCCACCUCUACAAGGACACGGACAAGAAGAAGAAGAAAGAUAAAAACAAUUUCAUCGGACUCGUCAGUAUCCCCGCUGCGGCGGUUACCGGCCGACAGUUUGUGGAGAAGUGGUAUCCGAUCAGCACGCCCAACCCCCCGAAGGGCAAGACUUCGGGGCCCAUGAUUAGGAUCAAGGCGCGCUAUCAGAGUAUGAACAUCCUUCCCAUGGAGAUGUACAAGGAGUUCGCCGAGUACACCACCAACAACUACAUGCUGCUGUGCUCGGUGCUCGAGCCGGGCAUUAGCGUCAAGAACAAGGAGGAGAUGGCGUGUGCGCUCGUCCACAUUCUGCAGAGCACCGGCAAGGCCAAGGACUUCCUCACAGACCUGAUGAUGUCAGAGGUGGACCGCUGCGGGGAGAACGAGCACCUCAUCUUCAGAGAGAACACACUGGCCACAAAGGCCAUCGAGGAGUACCUCAAACUGGUGGGACAGAAGUACCUGCAGGAUGCCCUCGGCGAGUUCAUCAAGGCUCUGUACGAGUCAGAUGAGAACUGUGAGGUGGACCCAUCCAGGUGUUCGUCAGGUGACCUCCCAGAACACCAGAGUAACCUGAAGAUGUGUUGCGAGCUGGCCUUCUGCAAAAUCAUCAACUCAUACUGUGUCUUUCCCCGUGAACUGAAAGAGGUCUUUGCAUCAUGGCGGCAGGAAUGCAGCAACCGGGGUCGACCGGACAUCAGCGAGCGUUUGAUCAGCGCGUCUUUGUUCCUGCGGUUUCUCUGUCCUGCCAUCAUGUCCCCAUCACUUUUCAAUUUAAUGCAGGAGUAUCCCGAUGACCGCACGGCGCGUACCCUCACACUCAUCGCUAAAGUCACUCAGAACCUCGCCAACUUUACCAAAUUUGGUAACAAGGAAGAGUACAUGUCCUUCAUGAACCAGUUCCUGGAGCAUGAGUGGACCAAUAUGCAGCGCUUCUUGCUGGAAAUCUCAAACCCCGAGACAAUCUCCAACACGGCGGGCUUUGAGGGAUACAUCGACCUUGGCAGGGAACUGUCCACGCUGCACUCCCUCCUCUCUGAGGUGGUGUCUCAGAUGGACCAGAGUGCUGCCUCUAAGCUGGGUCCUCUGCCCAGGAUCCUGCGGGAGGUGAACACCGCUCUGUCUAACCCGUCCAGUGUCCACAUGACACCUGGACAGGCCUCGGAGCAGAUGGGCUCGCCCCCCGCUGAGGCGAGCUGCAGCAUCUCCACCGGUCUGCAGAAGAUGGUCAUAGACAAUGACCUUUCAGGAUUGGUUGACUUUACGAGGUUACCGUCCCCCACCCCAGAGAACAAGGACCUUUUCUUUGUGACACGGAGCUCAGGGAUCCAGCCCUCCCCAGGACGCAGCUCAAGCUACUCCGAGACCAAUGAGCCGGACCUGGGCAUGGCCAACGGCAGCAAGAGUCUGUCCAUGGUGGACCUCCAGGACCCGCGCAGUCUGGACGUUAGCCCAGGUCUUGGUACCCCAGAUGCCUUGGGUGAAGGCCCAGGCUCUGUUGGUGGCUGGUCAGCCAGAGUCCCACAAGGCCACAUCCUUGGAGGUCCCACCUUAAGGAGGCCAGGCCAGACCCCCACCACCCCAGGCACAGAAAGUACUCCAGGUCGACCCGCACAAUUGCUAGCCCCACUCUCCUUCCAGAAUCCGGUCUAUCAAAUGGCAGCCUGCCUGCCCGUCUCCCCGCGUGGAAUGACCGACUCGGGCUCAGAGUGCCACAGUUCUGUCAGUUCCCAUAGCAACAACGAGGAGGUACCAGUCGGCGGGAAACCCGCCUUCUUGAACCACGGUGGUGGAGGGGGAGGCGGGGGUGGGGGGAGCAGCGGGGAUGAGUACGCCAGGCGCUCGGGGGAGUUCAACCGCCGACAGCUGUCCCUCACAGAAACCCAGCACCAACCCGCCGUACCCAGACAGAACAGCGCCGGCCCACAGCGGCGGAUAGACCAACCUCCGCCUCAGAGCGUGACUCGAGGCCGCACCCCGCCGAAUCUCCUCAACAGCGGACCUUACCCCCGGCCAUCCUCUGGCAGCAUGAUGACGUCGUCCCCCGAUUGGCCUGGCAGCGGGGCUCGGCUACGACAGCAGUCCUCCUCCUCCAAAGGGGACAGUCCUGAGACCAAGCAGAGGGCUCAGCACAAACAGGCCCCCUCCCCUGUGAACCCAAGUGCGCUGGACCGCACAGCAGCCUGGCUAUUGAAUAUGAAUGUGCAGUAUUUAGACCAUGAGGGGAUGGAGCCCGAGUCACUGAGAAACAGAGAGGAUCUGACUCAGGUGGAGAAGUACCAGCAGGAGAUCGCGCUGCUGCAGGAGAAGCUGCGGGCGUCGGUGCAGAAGCUGGAGGAGUACGAGGCCCGGCUGAAGGGUCAGGACGAACAAGCGCAGAAGGUGCUGAUGGAGUACCAGGCCCGGCUGGAGGAGUCGGAGGAGCGUCUGCGCCGACAGCAGGACGACAAAGACCUCCAGAUGAAGGGCAUCAUCAGCAGGUUAAUGUCAGUGGAGGAGGAGCUAAAGAAGGACCAUUCAGACAUGCAGGCGGUCGUUGACUCCAAACAGAAGAUCAUCGACGCACAGGAGAAGCGCAUAGCAUCCCUGGACGCAGCCAAUGCCCGUCUGAUGAGCGCUCUGACCCAGCUGAAGGAGCGCUACAGCAUGCAGACCCGCAACGGCAUCUCCCCCACCAACCCCACCAAACUGCAGAUCACGGAGAACGGAGAGUUCAGGAACAGCAGCAACUGCUAAGACCGACCGGCGUGCGAGUGUGUGUCGAGUGCCUGCGAGUGUACAGCCGUUCGAUGGGAGGACGUCUACGUGCGUGCAUGGAUGCAUGCCCGUUUCAAAUACCUGGGAGGGGUGCGCGUGCAUUUUUAAAAAGGCAGACAGUAUUUUUUAGAGGACAUUUCCACUUCCUGGACACAGCGUGGGAGUGAGGACAUCGCUCUGAGGAGCCAGCCAGAAGGGGGGCGGGACUGCAGUGCGAUGGACAGAUCAUCAAGAGCCUUCGUCACGAGGGCGACGGCCCGGAAGCAGAGCGUGUACAUAUGAAACUCAAAGCUGUCCAUCAGUUAAACACUUUGCCAGUCAGAUGUGUGCCGUCGCUGGGACAACUCAAACCCUGCCUAUGCCUGGGACAAACCACUAUAUCACUACACAGAGUGACGGCCGCCUGACACGGUCGCCAUAGCAACCCUCCUCUCCUCCUCCUCCUCCUCUCUCUCGCUCUCUCUCUAUCUCUCCAGCUGUUUAUUCUGGUCCAAGUGGACGCACUUAUAAACUUAUAAACAAUAACAGGCAUUGAGGAUUAUUACUUUAGUUUUCUUGAGAGGAUUUUACUUUCUAGUGCUUUAUUCUGAAGUCCCUGUUUAGAAAGAACCAAAUAGGAAGUACAAGAAAAAUAAAUAGAUAUUUUAAGUCUAAAAAGGAAAUCUUUAUUUCCCUUCUCACUCCUCGGGUGUGUUCCUGAGCAUCCUACUGGACCCCCCCCCCCCUUCCAAUAUCGUGCACUUUGUGAAAAAUUAUUGGUACAUGAAACGCCUUAAGUAAGGAACACACCUCGACUCUCCCCUACUUGUGCAAAAAAAAAAACACAACUUAUGCUGUGGAUUUUUAAAGGAUACAAAAGGAAAUUGUACACACUUAAAAAUAUAUUAUGAACACUAAAGUAAAAAUGAAUUCUAUGUGAUACUAUAUUAAUGAAAUUUAGUAUAGAUGUAUGCAUCUAUUUUGUUUUCGUCUAUAGAGUAUACACACAUAAACCUAUAUUUGAUAAUCUCAAAUAUAUAAAGCAGCCCUUUAUUCAGCAGUGAGAUCGAGUUUUUCUUUUCUGUAGUGUCGCUCGCGUCAGAGCCCCGGAGGAGGAGACCGCUCCGAGCAGUGAUCAGCACCAGUCGCCUCAUCGCUCACACUCCCAAAUAUCCACGACGCUUUAAAAAACCCUUUACGCACAGUUUUGCACUACAGCCGAGAGAAAUGUCAGCACAGUGGUUUGGAACAGCUCCGGCCGUAGUGAUCGGACCCUCCGCCGCUGCUCAUCACUGCUCUCAAGCCCAGAUUGCGAUUUGGGUUGUGGUCUCCUUCCCCUGGUAGCACACGAGCGAUUGAGAGACGUGUUCAGACUCCAUACUAUACACUGGACUGGUGAGUCAUUGUUAAAAUGGCCUCCUUCGAUACAACAUUCUCUCUCUCCAACUGCUUUGUUCAUCAGUGGUAGUGAAGUAAUGCUGCAUCCAUACUGUGACUCUCGUAAUCCUACAGUGGCAUCACCUCUCCUCCGUACCUCUCCCAUCUCUUUUUCUUACUCGCCCCCGCCCUCGUUCAUCCCAGACUUCUUCUGAAUGUGAGGAUGCCCACUCACAGUUGGUCUCAACACGGGUUCCAGUCCUUCCAGUCUCUCUUCCUGUCAUCGCGCCACCGCAUCUCAGCAUUUGAUUUUGUAUAUUUUUGUAACAAGUUUUCUUACCUGUAACAGAAUAUAUACACCCGGUGUGAGGCUCUGCAUGCUUCAUCCUUGCUCUAGCGCCAGCGGUUGCAUCAGUAUCACCAUUAUUAUUUUUUUUUUUUGUUGCCGAUUAAAAGGUGGUGACUAUGAUGAUGAUGAUGAUGAUGAUGAUGAUGAUGAAUGGCUUGCUGCAGACAUAUAUAGUGAACAUAUGAUAAUUGAGUGUAUCAAAAAGGCUGGACAGCCUUGGAAAGUGUAAAUAAAAUUGCCCACAUUAUUUUUACCUAAUGUUAACGGAGCUUUUUGUAAAUGUAUCUUGUGCUCGGAACUCUGCUGUAUCAUUAUGGAUAUUGUAAAUACAGAAAUAGCUCAAGUCGGUCAUCUGUCCUCAUCGGGUAAAACUAUACAGUUUAACUUCUCCGUGUUCUCCCUGUUGAAGCUUAUUGUUUUUGUAUUUAGAGUUUAAUAUCGCUAGCCCCAAAAACCUAUUAUGUAGGAGUCGGACUCGUGGGAGGUCGUGGAGGAUGUGGAGUACAGUCUCCAUGAUAUUCACAAGCACAAUCCUGUAUCUCUCAUCGCUCGAGCUCUAUGCACUUUUACUUUCAGUGGUUGGUGUUUAUCAUUAGAUUUUUGUCUUAUUUUAUUUUUUAAGCAUGGCACCUAUACAAAGGUGUUUUAAACAACUGUGGCAAAGUUUAAAACUGGAGAAAAUUAUUUUUUUGCUAUAGCUCAGUCACAAACAUUGUAUCUGAUAAAGAGAAUCUACAAUAAAAAAGAGAACUAUAUUACAGCUUUUUUUCAGUUUGAAUAGAAACAAAGAGUUUAACCACAGACACAUCUUUUAGCAAAAAAAAAAAGUCAUAUAGGAAGUUUCUCCUCCUCAUAUCUUACAGACGUCUAGUCCUGAAAUAAUAUUGUGCAACUGCAGAGUUUAAGCCAGAAUAUGUAACUUUUGAUAUAGGAAUGAACCCCCUUCUUCUUCAUACAAAUUAAUAAUUUAACACUCUUUUGCUGCUAUGUUUACCAGUUGCUUUUUGUGCAAGCAAAUGUUUUCGGAAAUGUGGGGCAAUUUCGGGGGGGGGGGGGGGGGGGGUUGGAAUGGAAUUUGGAUGCCGAUAUUACAGCUUAAUGUUUUAUGUUGAGUCUUUUUUUUUUGGUGUCUUAAGUUUGGCUAACGUGAUGACAUUUGAAAUACAUUGUAUGUGUUUUUUAGAUAUUUCUGUAAAAGGCAACGUUGAUAAAGCUCAGACUUAGUGGC